AUGACGGGCUACGCAGGCAACAGGGUGACCGAAUAUGUCCCCCUCUCUGCCCAGAAUGCGGCUAUGGAAAACGACCCUGACGCGCCUCAUUAUGGGCAGCACAAAUUGAGAAAAAGAACCCUUUGGGGGCGCAUCGGAACCAUUGGAAUUUUGACUUUAUAUCUUGGUUCUGCGCUCCUUCUACCUUCAGUGGCUCUCUUAGCCCUAAUAUGGAAGGAGUCGACAGCAGCGGUAUCUGGGGGUCAGCCGCAGGCGCCGUGGAUUCAGAUCAUCAACGCACGCUGGAUAUCCAAGCUCAUCACAAUAUGUACGGCGCUUAUCAGGAUAAUUAUCGCUCUCCAAGCGAGUCAAGCUACGGCAAUGAUUGCUAGUGUUAUUCUUGAAGCGAUCGGCACUCCACUGCUCCACGCACCCUUCUUCUCCAUUAUUCGGGCCGCCAGUACUUCUCCCCACGUUUUUCUCUUUCCGCCCAGACUACUACCAAGAAGGAGCAUCCUCUCAUUCUGUGUCUGCAUACUUGCAUUUCUUGAAAUCAUAGUCACUAUAGCGUCGCAAUUCCUUUCUACGCUUCUUAUUUCUGACCUGGCUGAUGGCGUCUUUAUCAACUCAAACAAUUCCACCGAUAUCCUACUCUUCCGAUAUAAUGGAGAGAUUACCUCGCCUUGGUGGUCGACGUCCCCAGCAGCUAGUUACACCUUUGCUGAGGCAUCGCAGUCUUUCUCAGAAGGUCCAGGGUUUCAAGAUACUGGGCACACUUAUCGAGCCUUUCUUCCUUUUGAAACAGAGACGCAACGAACAAAUCUACGCAGAUAUCAUGGCCCGGCACCAGUGACAGACAAUCGGGUGAUCUGUAUGCGGCCAUCGCUAUUCAACCUCACACUGGACGGAGAUUCCGUGCUGCGGUUGGCCGGCCAAAUGAGCCUAAAUGGAAGUGUCUAUCCAACACUUAACGAAACGAACACAUCGCAUUAUUAUGACUUCAACUGCGUGGUGCCACCGGGCCUGUCUCACGGCAACGCCACCAAAGGGGUAUCUAGUCUAUGUAGUCCCACUCGCCUGGGCAUUAUCAACUCGGCGGACCAACUCGUGCCCCAAACUGUGUCCUGGCUGUUCUACAUCCUAGAUGUUCUUUCCGAAGACGCAAAUGAAUGGAUCAUCAGAAGCCAAAAGAAAUACGAGGUUGGUACCAUCCGCGGUGACGGGCCAUGGGCUGUAGUCAGCAAUGGAUCCACAAAUACCGAGAGUCUACGCAUGACCGCAUGCAUCACGAACACGUUCUCCAGGACGUUUGUAGUCGACAUGGAAAGUUCCUGGGACGGUCUAGAGCCCCGGCUUUUAUGGAGCAGCGACGGCUUCAAUACCUCAGGAAGCCGACAGCAGCUUAGAGCCUCAUUAACACCCGACAGUCUAAACCGUCGUGGCGUACUGUCGCUCUCGCCAAGAUCGCAGUGGGAGGAAUACAACGACGGGGUGCCGCAAAAGGGGAUCAACUCGACAUUUUCCGUCUGGCCCUUUCUGACUUCCUUGCCCAUCCCUCUCGCAAGUUAUCUCCCCGAAAAUUCUACCCGGCCCAACCCUGGAGUCUUACUCUCUAAGGAAAACACAUUCUACAUCGAUAACGCUCAUCUAGCUCAUGUGGACCUGUUUCAAGACACAUUGAUUGCUACGGGGAGUCCAGCGCUAGCCAUCCAGACGUUAAUCACACGGAGCUCCCAGAUGGUGUACUACGAGCUUCUGCCCAGACUUGACACUACAGCACGAGCAGUCAUUGCGUCUACCACCGCGGCAUUAACACCCACGCGCUGGACAGGAUUCAUUAUUGCUGUGGUGAUAAUUGCGACUCAUUUUAUCGUCGUUCUUAUCACUGCCGUCGUAUUUUUGAAGUACACGCAAAGCUCAUUCCUGGGAGAGUAUUGGCAGGUUGUCUCCCAGGUUGUCACUAAAGAUACGCGUCCAAUUCUUGAACAAGCUGUUGAUAUGAAAGAUUCGGAGAUCGAACGGUGGGGACAAUACCAGGAGUCCCGCCUAGCAGGUCAGAGCUUUGUUCGGUACAGAAGGGAUGGACGUGUCAUUCUGGAACUAGAAGGUCGUGAUGGAUAA